AUGGACUCGUCUGGGCGAGCUUACCUGUUGGAUAGUGUCACGGGUGAGGUGUUCUACAUAGCCACACCCUCCUUGGAGGAAUUCGCGGGUCUCACGCAUGACGUGUUGACACCAGCGCAUAUCCAGGAGCUAUCUGAUGCCGAUCUAGCGGAGUGGGACACAAUGUUCCUCGAUUGGGAGAACCUGCAGGCGACCGUUGAUUGGUGCACCAACAGCCGCGAUGUUGAGUUCGCCGGUAUCGCAAAUGACGCCCUUCAACAUCCCAAAUACACGCCUGUCAACCUCGAGACCACUCCUUUCUAUCUCGACAGCGGGGCCUCAGUCCAUAUCUCACAUGAGCUUUUGGACUUCCACGAGCUCACUUGUCUCCCUCCUCGUGCUGUUCGCGGCACUUUGAGGUUUGUACCUAAGAGGAGUAUGUAUGGUACACAGACCAAAGGCGAUUGGGAACAUGUCAUGGAAAAUUUUGGCGCUCGGCGUACAACGAACUACAAGCGUAGCGCUACAUACAGAUUCAGUGCUGCAGCUUAUACAGAUGACUCAGAUGCACACACGUUACAGAUGACUCAGAUGCAUACAUGUGCAGCUAAUAUCAGAUCUGCGAGUUCUACGACAGAUAUUCUAUCUGACACGUCUGCCACCAGUCGACAUGCUUUGCAAGAGAAUAUCAUUCUCCAGCAAGGCAUAUCUCAGCCACUCUGUGACACCUUGAACAGGCUGUCAAACACCGCUGUUGAGGUGGAUAACAUCACAUUCCUUGGCCGUCCUGUCAUUGCAUCGACUGGUUCAAGUUCACAUGGCCGAUUGCAGUUGAAAUUCAGCUUCUCACAGGUCGACCGCACGCCAGCAAACAAACACUCUUUACUCGACGAUAGCUCUGAGGACGGUACACCAUCCAAACGUGGUCGCACCUAA